AUGCUUACUUUUGGAAGUAUUCGGUUCCAAGGUGGAUGCCAGAAUGAUUACAUUGAGAUCUAUGAUGGGCCACCCAAUACUUCUCCUCUGCUCGGAAGGAUUUGUUCUCGUUCUGAUCUCAUGUACACCUCAUCCUCAAACUUUAUGUCUGUCAGAUUUCACAGUGACUCCAGAUACUCCGAUACAGGGUUUCAUGCAGAGUAUCAUUCCUUUCCAGCAGACCACAAUACGACCCUUCUGUGCUUGUCAACCUACAUGCAUGCAGUUGUAGACAGACGCUAUCUCCAGUCCCAGGGCUACUCAGCGUGGAACAUCAGCUUGUCUGACCCUUAUUGUAGACCAACAAUUACAUCGACUGAGGUUAUAUUCAAUGUACCGUACAAUGGCUGUGGUACAAGUAGACAGGGGAACAAUGAAACAAUCACCUACUCCAAUGUGAUAAGAGCAGCUGCUUCGGGUUACAUCAUCAAGAGGCAAAACGACCUUCGUUUGCACAUCAACUGCAAAAUGCUCCAGAAAACCUGGGUGCAAGUAAUGUACACUGUCGAUGACAUCACUGUCAGUGAAACCCAGUACGGCAGAUACGACGUGAACCUGACAUUCUACAAUUCCUCAUCUUUCCUGUGGCCAGUGCAUGACUUUCCAUACUAUGUUCACCCGAAUCAGAACUUGUUCCUUCAAGCUUCUCUUCACAGCUCUGACCCAAAUCUGGUGGUGUUUGUAGACACCUGUGUGGCAUCACCUGAUCCUAGCGAUUUUCAAACACUGACCUAUGAAUUGAUCAGAAGUGGGUGUGUUAAGGAUUUUACCUACUUUUCUUACUAUUCACCAUGCAGAGAAGUUGCUCGGUUUGGAUUUAAUGCUUUUUCGUUUGUUAAUCGAUACCCGUCAGUUUACCUGCGGUGUGAGCUGGUGGUGUGCAGGUACAAUGACUACUCUUCCCGCUGCUAUCAAGGCUGCUUUAGUAGGUUCAAGAGGAAUACAGGUUCUUCCCAGGGAAAAAUUAAUGUCGUUGUUGGACCUGUCCGGCUUCAGGAAGCUCACGCUGCGAACAGGAAUGCUGAGCUGGCCCCUGACAUCCAAGUGAAAGGGGACUCUCAGAGCCCAGUAGCUGCUGCCAGCUCCUAUGUUCCUCUGGCUGUUACCGCUGUGGUGCUGGUAGCUGUUGUUCUCACUGUCGGAGGAUUUCUUUUGAAGCGUAAACUGCGGGAACCCAUCCCAUACCAGAUAAUGUGA